CGCUGUCUUCACGACAGAGGCUCUAGGAAGUGGUAUCAGCAGAUACAAGUGUUAUUUUGUCAUCAUGGUUGUACUAGCAGAAGAAGUUGCUGCAUCACUUGUGCGGGAAUAUCUCAGUAGAAAAGGACUCAAACGAACAAUGGCCUGUAUGGACGAAGAGCACCCUCGCACAAGUACCAGUAUCAACAACAGAUCUGACCUGAGACAGGUUCUUCAUAUGGAGGGUCUCUGCAGGACUAACAAGGCUCAAGGCAGCCCGCUAAAAUCCAUGUUGGAGAUCAUGGUAAGAUUUCAGAUUGAUGGACAUAAUGACACCACAACCAACAUCAGGAGUGAUGUCCAGAAGUCUCUGUCUGCCCCUCAGACUGUAAACACCAGAAAAGACGACCCGGCACGACCUGACAGUAGAAAGAUCAUAUCAAGGUCUUUGACAGAGGUUGACUGUCCAGCCCAAGAUACAUUCUUAUCUCUUGCAACAGACAGACAGUCCACACUUACCCAAAUAAGUCAAAGCUCUUCCAUAAAAAAACAACAAGACCAACCACCUCUGUCUAUGCCUUCCCAAGCCAGUGACCGCACCAUAAAGAAAGAACAGUUUUCAGACGGAACAAUUUCUGCUACGGAGAUAACUCCGAAGAAAUCAGUUAGCCGUAUCAGACGGGGCAUGAUGGCUGGUCCUAGGUCUAGUUCAUCUGAGGAAUCAAAUAGAAAGCAUCAGACUUGGAAGGUGGGGGUAGUCCGUUCUCAUUUUGGAGUUGAUGAAGACAGUAGAAAGACCAGAGAUGAGGAUGAGAUUGCUGACCAUAGAGAAAGAACAAUCACUGGCUCCACAAGAGCAAGCCAAGAAUCUUGGAUCACACAUGAACUGGAAAGCAAGGCUGGAGAAGGUUCUGGAUUUGAGAAAGUAGAGAAAAACAUACAGAAAGAUUACAGAACAAAAUUAAAGCUGAAUCGCAAUGUUGAUAGUCAGGAGGGGAUGGAGAUGAUUUUGGAUGACAUAGAUGAUGAUGAGGAGCUUCUGGAACUGUCCAGAGUUACCCUUCAAUCAAGAAUACCUCAGCACAGCCACGAUACCUAUCCCAUGGAUCAGAACACUGCCAGUGUAAUUACAAUUUUGCUUUCGAAGCCAGCGAUGGGACAUUGCAUUUUCAGUUUGAACUCUCCUGUUUGUGUUUUUCAGGCCCUCAAAGAAGUUCUUCUUGGCUCCAGCACCAGUUGUUUCAAUGCAGAGUGGAAGAGUCAGAGCUUCACAUUUUCAGAGAUAUCUGAUGUGAGAUAUGGAAUUAUACAAAAGAAGGGUGGUCCGUGUGGAGUUCUUGCUUCAAUGCAAGCCUGUGUUCUGAAGAAACUCCUGUUUGAAGGGGCCAACAUUGACACAAGCUUGCAGAGAUUAAGGCCGUCGAACACCUCGAGGACAAAGUGUCUGGCACUGGCUUCUGCUCAGGUCCUGUGGAGGGCUGGGGGGGGCAGGAGAGCCACCAUAGCUGUAACCUCAGGAAAAAAUAAUUUCAUUCCUUCAGGACAGUUAAGAUCGGAUGGUAUAUUUGAGAAGAUAACAUGUUUUACUGUUGAUAACCUGAAGGACCUUCAGUUGUUGCUGGAUGAACACAUACAUCAGUUUGAGUCAGGAACCUUAGGAUGCAUACUGUUGACCAUCUCUGUUAUUCUGUCCCGGUCUAUUGACAGAGUGAGAGAGGAUAUGGAUGUGCCCACCACCACACUGAUCGGAGCCUAUGGUUACUGCACACAGGAGCUGGUCAAUCUGUUCUUGUGUGGGCGGGCGGUUUCCAAUGUCUUUGACAAUGACAUGGAGCUGGACUCGGGCAACAGAAACCUCACCCUCCUCCGGGGCAUCCAGAGGCGCUGUGACGUGGGACUGCUGUCGUUAUUCGAGCACUACAACAUCUGCAAGGUUGGAUCUUACCUGAAGACUCCCAGAUUCCCUGUCUGGCUGGUGUGCAGUGAGAGCCAUUUCAGCGUAGUGUUUGCCCUGCAGAGGGAGCUGCUGACAAGCCAGCUCCAGGAGUUUGACCUGUACUACUACGACGGCCUAGCCAAUCAGCAGGAGGAGAUCCGCCUUACUGUCUCUGUAGGAACCUCGGUCCCACUUUCGGGCCCCCAGGAUGCGGAACUUAUUCCUCCUCUUGAACACUGCAUCAAAACAAGGUGGAGUGAUGCCGUCAUUAAUUGGAAUAACACAGAGCCUAUUCUUUGAUCGGCCAUUGAAAGUGGAAUCAUCACAUUGAACUCAGAGAGACCACCCUCGAAGUUUCCAAAGAGAACCUACUUUGUUGCAGAUCAAAAGGAAUGUACUGAAACAAUUAUUAUUUACUUUGAUUAUAUCAACCUUAAAAGUAAUGUGUGGGGACACCCUUCAAGCUGAUUCCAGUACAUAGUGUGUACCGGUGCAAUGCAGGUCCAUUUCAAAUACAAUUUUACAACGGGUACUUGAAGAUUGUAUCCAUGUAAACGUUUUGUAAAACCAACUUUUGGUGCAGGAUGUGUAUUUUAAUAAUGAAUGUGGCAUGGCUUUACCUCCCAAUACCUUAUCAGGAGCAGUGCCUAAUAUAAUCUGAAUGUUAAAUUUGUUGUUGUAAAAAAUAUACUUUAAAAUAGAUACUUUGCCUUCAUAACCUACUUUUUUUGUCUGACAUUGUCUAUAGAUUUCUAAUGAGUAAAUACUUAUUAAUGCUUACAUUUAUGUUUUCAUUUGUUAGUAACAUUGUAUUAAAUAAAAAAGAUGAUAUUAUUAAUAUUUGUAAGGCGACAUUCUCAUGUGAAAAGUUAUAUAAUUACAAUAUGUAAUAUAUCACACUAAGUAAAUCAACUGUUGUUUGUUUUGUUAUUUCUCAAAAUAUUGCAUCUUGAACACACUAGAGCUGCAUUCUUGUCCUUACGCUGGUGUUAUGUACAGAUUUUUAUUUAACCAGCACUUGACAUCCGAUCUUUGCUAAUAUCAGGUUUGGCUUAAAGAGUCUCCAAACAUACUGUCUAAAAGUACAAUUUGUAUGUUUAUUUGUGGAUCAAGAUAUCCUUGAGUUUAAAACUGCUGUUUUUCUUUUCUUUUACUCAAAUGUGCAUAGAUGUGCAUACAAUGAGUGUUUCUGAGAUGAAUAGAGGAACAUCUGUGGAUCCAGUGUUUGCUCCAAGUAUUUUCGGCAAUUGAAGUAUGUGACACAACAUAAAAAUGCAGGCACGUUAUGAAAGAAAAGAUCUUGCUUCAUUUCCUAAGAGCACGAUUGAAAUGUUGAGCACUUAUCAUUCCAUUAUGAUCAAAUGGGGAUAAACCAGACCCAUAUCAGUUUAUCAGUGACCAUCUGUUGUUAUGUAUUUGAAGCUUGACUGAUUACAAAUAGAAAUCCACCCACUCAUGAUUACAUUGUACAAUAAGGGCUUGGCCCUUGGAGCCAAACCUUGCAUAUUAUCAUUUUGUUUUGUUGGGGUGUAUCCUUUCAUAUAUUAGGGUUCAUAAACAGAACAUACUUAUAGUGUACUUUCUCAAAAGUGAUGGCCUCUUUACCAGACUAAGUCUCCCACUCUCCUUUACACAAUAAAUUAUGUUUC